AUGGUUUCGGUAUUUAAUCUCACUAAGCAAGCUUUAACAACACUUGCUUUCGCCUUAUUGGCACAAGGUAUUGUUAUCCCUGAAGAUUUGGGUAAAAGAAGUGGUCCUGGUUUUAUUAGUUUGGACUUCGAUGUUAUUAGACCUCCGGUGAUUGUUAACUCAACAGAUAGCAAUGCUGCGCUUAGUGAUGCUGCUCUUAGAAAAAGAAAAACUAUUUCCUUGAGUUUGAUUGAUGAAGGUCCAUCUUAUGCUUCCAAAAUCACUAUUGGAUCCAACAAGCAACAACAAACCGUUGUUAUUGAUACUGGAUCAAGUGACUUGUGGGUGGUUGAUUCCAAUGCUCAAUGCCAAGACAAUGUGCAAUGUAAGAAUGACGGAACUUAUAACCCAUCAUCCUCCACCACUUACAAAAAUUUAAACACCCCAUUUGCCAUUAGAUAUGGUGAUGGAAGCACUUCUCAGGGUACUUGGGGUUUGGAAACGGUUGGGUUUGGUGGUAUUUCAAUCACUGGCCAACAAUUUGCUGAUGUUACCACCACCUCUGUUAACCAAGGUAUAUUGGGUAUCGGUUACAAGACGAAUGAGGCCAAUGCCAACUACGACAAUGUUCCUGUUACUUUAAAGAAGCAAGGUAUAAUUAGUACUAAUGCCUACUCUUUGUAUUUGAAUGCGCCAAAUGCAGCUUCUGGGACAAUCAUCUUUGGUGGUGUUGAUAAUGCCAAAUACUCUGGUAGUUUGAUCAAGGAGCAAGUUACUCAGUCAAACCAAUUGACUAUUUCAUUGGGAAGUAUCAAUUAUGCUGGAACAACCUACAGCAACAACAACGGUGAUGCAUUGUUAGAUUCUGGUACUACAUUGACAUACUUGACCCCAGACGUUGCUAGUGCUAUUGCUGAACAAGCUGGUGCACAUUACGUGACUUACCCAGAUGGCUCUGGCUUAUGGGAAAUUGGCUGUGAUGCGUCCACAUCCGGUAAUGUUGUUUACAGCUUUGCUAAUGGUGCAAAGAUCACUGUGCCAUUAUCUGAGUUGGUAUACGGUAGCUCCGGUGAUGGUUAUUGUGUUUGGGGUAUCCAACAAGAAGAAGAUUUUGCCAUUUUGGGAGACAACUUUUUGAGACAUGCUUACUUGCUUUACAACUUGGAUGCAAAUACAGUUUCAAUUGCUCAAGUCAAGUAUACCACAACUUCUAGCAUUGCAGCUGUUUAG